AGCCAGCAAAAACUCCGGCAUCCCCCAAGCCAGUUUCUGUAAAAGUGGCAGCACCAGACUGGUCAAAGAAGGGUGCACAUGUGAAAGAAUCUGAAACACAUAAAAAAGAAAAGCCAAUAGAAAUAGCCAAAGUGCCAAAGAAACAUGUCCAUGUAAAGAAAUCUGAACCAGACAAGAAAGAAAAGUCAAUAGAAAUAGCCAAGCUGCCAAAGAAGGCUGUGUAUGCAAACAAAACUGGUAAGACCUAAGA